CUGUGACAGUAAAAGAAAACAAAAAACCAAGCAUCGUGUCUAUUGCUUUUGUGGGACAUUACUUCAAGAAUAGAACAGAAAAAUGAACUUCUCCGUGGUCCAGCUCAUCCCCUCAACACCAGCACUCCCAGACUGGGUCGAACCGUCCACCUCGGCCCUAUCCAACAGCCCCUUCAUCUCCACCUCAAUCUUCGUUCUCAUAUCCAUUCUGUUAUGCAUACCCGUGGUCCUCCACCUCUGCAAGGAUAUCCACGCCAAGGAGGUAGCCAAGCACUGGCACAGGGUCGUCCGCAUCUACAAUGCCCUGCACCCCUUCUUCCUCCCGCCCGACCGCGCCGCGGCCAGGGAGCUGUUUAUCAACCUCACCGGCGUCGGCAUCUGCAUCGUUAUCGGUAGGUUCAUUCACCUAGUCUCGCCGCUGCUGCUGCGAAACAUUGUCGACAACCUCGCCAGAGGCCAGCAGCAGCGCCGCGAUUUGAACGCAGCAGCGGCGGCAGCACAACCGCAGGGCGGUCCCGUCAACAUGUCCGCUGCUGUCGCCACCGCCCCGACCUUGACCUUCCCCUGGCCGCAAAUGAUCGCCUACAUCAUCAUCCGCCACGUACUGCCCCGCAUCGUCAACCACAACGAGUACCGCUGCAGCAAGGUGGUACGCCGCGAGGUGUCCAACCGCAUCUCCAUCGCCGCCUACCGCCAGCUCUUGUCCUUUGGGGCCGACUACCACGAGGUUGAGCUGGCCAAAAAGAACAAGGAAAAAAAGGACAAGAAAAACGCAAAGGAAGGCCAAAGCAGCAGCAACAGCAGCGACGCCGAUAGCUCCGCCUCGGAGCCGCCCUACUACGUCGUUCUGUACGCGGCCCCCUGGGGCGCCAGCUGGGUCUCGUCGUGGCUCUUCUCGUCUGCCCCGAGCGUGGUCGACCUCUUCGUCGGGCUCGGCGCCUUUUGGUCCGUCGGCGGCGGCGUCAUGGCCGCCACCAUGGCCUCGCUGCUGGUGCUCUUCGUCGCUACGUCGGUGGCCCAGAUCCUGGGCAAGGACGACGACCGCAAGAAGGAGCUGCGCGACGCCCAGAGCGACCGCACCUACCGCGUCUUCGACCGCCUAAACAACUGGCAGACGGUCGAGCUGUUCGGGACGCGCGACCACGAGACGGAGCACUUCAAGGACCUCAAGGACGCCGAGCACCGGCUCGAGGACAGGAAUAUGGGCUUCGACGGGCGCUGGGGUUUCGGCCGCGGCGAGGCCCCGCCCUUCGUCGUCGAGAUGGCCGGCCUGCUCAUCCUCAGCAUCAUGUCGGGCUGGCAGAUCGACCAGGGCACGCGCAGCGUCGGCGACUUUGUCAUGCUGACCCAGUACUACCGCGACCUCAUCGCACCCCUCAACCAGAUCCUCUGGAGCUUCCGCACCGCCGGCCGCGAGCUCGACCGCCUGAUGCAGGUCGUCAACGUGCUGGAGCGCCAGCCGGCGGUCAGAGACGGGGCCGACGCGCCCGAGUUCGAGUUCAAAACCGGCCGGGUUGAGUUCCGCGACGUGGUCUUCUCCUACCCCGAGGCCAAGCGGCCCGCGCUGGACGGCGUGUCCUUUUCCGUCGAGGGCGGGCAGACGGUCGCCAUCGUCGGCGAAACGGGCGGGGGCAAAUCCACGCUCCUCAAGCUGCUGUGCCGGACGCACGACACCACCUCGGGCAGCGUGCUGAUCGACGGGCAGGACGUGCGGGCGGUGCGGCGGGCGUCGCUGCUGGACCGCAUAGCCGUGGUGCCGCAGCUGGCGGGCGUGCUGGGCGCCACGGUGCUCGACAAUGUGCGGUACGGGCGGCCGUCGGCGACCGAGGAGCAGGUCGAGGAGGCGUGCAAGGCGGCGCACCUGCACCACAAGAUCACGACGGCGUUUUCCGACGGCUACGGCGAAAAGAUAGGCUCCAGGGGCUCGACGCAGCUGUCGGGCGGCGAGGCGCAGCGGCUGGCCAUCGCGAGGGCGCUGGUGCGGGAUGCCAGGAUCGUUGUCUUUGACGAGGCUAUGAGCAGUCUGGACAGCGAGACCGAGUGGAAGAUCCAGACGCACCUGCGCGAGUGGUGUCGGGGCCGCACCGUCGUCAUUGUUGCUCACCGCUUGGCCACAGUGGCACAGGCGGAUCUGAUCCUGGCCGUCAAGGAUGGAAAGAUUGUCGAGAGCGGAACGCAGGCCGAGCUGUUGGCCAAAGAGGGAUAUUACCAUAACCUAUGGACCAAGCAGAAGCUUGUUGCCUAGUGAUGGAUAUUGGCAACAUUCGCUAAAGUGAUGACGUUGGCUGUAAAGCUCUUGUGAGUAUUGUACUUGGUACAGUCUGGCUCUUUAGGUUGAGUUCCUGGAGCAAAUCUGAGUAGGUAUAUGAGCUGUCAAACGUUGAUAAAGAAAAAGAAAUGGUUAUAGCGAGCUUUGGGUUUAGUAGGUUAGUAUCGGUCAGAUAAUCAAGCCUUGACAUAUAUUCCACCAAAACAGCGCUUUUGUUUCGUGACAUCAGCCUCGGCCAGGCCAAAGUGUCGGG